AUGAGUAUACGUUGCCCUGGGUGCACCACGUGGAGUGGUGUUGAAUGUGGUGGUGUGGAUGGAGUUGUUAGUGUUGGUGGUGGUGUGGCUGUGGAUGUGAUGGCCUUGAGUGAGGAAGUUGUGUGUGUGAAAUUGGGAGUGGUGGAGAGUCAUGGCAGUAUCAGUGCCUGCGGCGUCAACGCUAGUACGAGAAGUUGGAAGUGA